CGGGCAUUUGCAGACGAGGUUAAUCCAUAGAAUUUUUCUUUCCUUCUGUUGAGUUUUUAAUUCGUGUCCCGAUGCAGUGGGACGCCAUUUGAUCUUGUUUAUAAACAAAUCCAUUGAUUCUUUGUCAGCCUCAACUGCAGCAACGCCAACAACCGGAAAGUACAUACUCCGUACCGUAGAACUACCUACCGCUAACGCCCUUCCCUUGCUUCUUGCCUUUGGACCACGGCCCUAGGUAGUUUUGUUACUAAGCCACGGAGUCGGCCGCCCUUUUUGUCAGCACCUGGUAAGCGUAACGUCAGCUUCCCCACGGUGAAAAAGCAGCCCCUCGGUUGGCGCGUAGUGGAGCUUUGUGGUUACAACAUCGCCAUCGUAUGCUGCGCCAAAGCAUCUAUCUCAUCAUUGCGCUAGGCUUGCGCGCUCUUUUUGUUGCUGGAUUGAACACAAGUGGGUUCUGUUGAUUUUUUUGAUUUUUUUUUAGCAAGAAGUCUUGCACUUUUCCUAGCGAUUUUUUUUUUUUAUAAAAAAAAGCAUCCCAGCCUCGCUUUGUCAAGAUUCCUGUAAUCAUUUGAAAGCAACCUCACGCCUCUCAGGCACAUCUCCAAAGUCUAUCAGUAACUACUAGUGACUUCUCGACAGCAUCUCGAGAAUCCACACCGAUUUCCUCCCUCUAUAUGAAGCGUCUCAUCACCCUGGUUGUAUCGUUGUUGAUCGCUUUCAUCUCCAUCCUCAUCUACAAUACUCCUGCUGCACAGAACACACUGGUCAACCUGGUAUCCCCGGACCAAAUCAGCUUCUACAAGACUACAAUAUCGUCUAUGCUCAACGUUACAAGAUCAGCCAUGUCCAAGUCCGCAUCCAGUGCCCCUGCGGUCGCUCUCCGUCAUGCCAAAAUCACGCCUCACAAGUCGUCCUCCCGUGGCCAUGCGGAUCAUGGCUGGCUCAACACGUACCACUCCUUCUCGUUCGCGAACUGGUACGAUCCGCGAUACACGCACUUUGGGUCCCUUCGUGUUCUGAACGAGGAUCGCGUCAAGCCAAACUCAGGCUUUCCCACCCAUCCCCAUUCCAACUUUGAGAUCUUCAGCUAUAUCCUCUCGGGCGAGCUCACCCACCGCGACAGCAUGCUGCGCAAGGGCCAGGAGGGCAACGCGGGUGCCGACAAGUUCUACAGGAUGCACCGGGGCGACGUCCAGUUCACGACGGGCGGCACCGGCAUAUCGCACUCCGAGUUCAACGAGCACAACUCGGAUACCGUCCACUUCCUGCAGAUCUGGGCGCUGCCGUGGAAGAAGGGCCUCUCGCCCCGCUACCACACGAGACACUUUGACGACGAGGACAAGCGCAAGGGGUUCGUCACCAUCCUCAGCCCGCUCAAAGCCGGCCCGGAAGCAACGGCUGCCGAAGAGAAGGAGGCCGCGCCGGCAGUCGAGGGGACGAUACCGAUCCACGCCGACUUUGCCAUGGGGGCGGGCCUCAUCGCACCCGAGCAGACCUUCACGUGGAAGGUUGGCUCGCAGGGCACACAGGCCACCAAGCGCAAGGUGUACGUCCACGUGCCCAUGACCAAGGGCGGCAAGGCCAAGGUCCGCCUGGAUGGAAGGGAUGACGCGGUUCUGGAGGAGGGCGACGGAGCCUUUGUCGACGGGGUCAACGCUGGCGAUAAGCUCAAUUUUGAGAGCAUCGGCACUACCGAGGCCGAGGUCGUCGUCUUGGAUACGGAGUAGAUGGUGUGGUCAUAGUUAGACGUCGUCACAGUUUUCAUUUUAUAGCGUGUUUUUGCUAGGAUAUCAAUUUUAUUCUUGAAAAUCCCUAUACUAGAACUAGACGGUAUAUACUGUUCCCCAGACGAUGAUAUUUGAUACUUUUGUAUACUUCACAAUUAUGUCUAUUAUUGCUCCCGCAUCCGGC